AUACCUAAGUACUCGAGUGCCCAGAGCCCACACCCGGAUCGCUGGCGCUCUCAUCUAUGGCCAUACAUUUGAUAGGAGGUCAUGGCGCCGGGUGGAAACGAAACGGAAGAUUGAACCAAUCAGGGCGCAGAACGGGCCCGGCUGGAUGAUUGUAACCGGGAAACUUUAGCCAACCAAAAGUCCCGAACCAAUGGUCUCAAGCUCGCGUGCCCCCCGAGCAAAUUGCUCACUGUGUCCUCGUUGACAUUUCAUAGGGUUAGCCGCCCAGCCCAGCCUCACCUCCUUCCUUGCAAGUGUCAGUAUUACCGUGCCGAGCACGCAUCGAGAUUGCAUACCAUAUGCAAACUGCACAGGAAGGGAAGGAAGCAACCUGAUUGAUGGCGGUGACCUGAAGUGGUUUGGUAGGUCCCCAGCAUUGCCAGAAUCCCUUUGAAAACAAUCAAUUCCAGUCUGCGAUGUUUCCCGAGUGGUGUUCUUGGCAGUAGAAACUAUUUAACCUAGGCGGCACAGAGUAGCCAGGCUUAAGCACGAGCAAUCAACCACCUUCCCACUAUCCUCAAAGGUUUUGAACGGUACGGCAGACAACCGCGGGGAGUGGCAGUAUGAUAAUUUCUCUCUUUUAGGGGCUGCCUCGGAUUGUCCAUGCCAAUCUUGAUGGUUUACCUCCCAUUCGGCCAAGCUCCAGUGCCUCAUGCCUUGUCGCUGUUCCAAUUACGGCCGAGGAGGAGGACUCGUGCUCGAGUACCGUACGAUACGGUAUCCUGAAUUUCUCCCCUGGAACUUGCUGUCCAAUCGCCCUUCCGCGGUGCUUGUACUCGUACUUGUACCUCCUGCCAAGCACAGAAGUCUACCAUUUUGGUUUCUUUUUUUCCAGGGGCACUCCAGUUGCCGCGCCACGAUUCCAAUUGGGCUGGCUGAUCUGAGCUACAGGUACAAGUACCGUACAGUAGUGGAUGGCGGAAUAAGGCAAACUUCUCCCAGACAUGCAGCUGCAUCGGCUCAGCUGCUCGAGUACGAGUACUGUACCGUACGUACAGCGCGAUACCGGAAAGCGAGGAUAAAUGAGAAACCCGACCACCAGUGGACCGUAAAUGUCGAUACGAGUACGUGUAUGGUUCCUGUGCAACCAGAACCUGCCCUCGUCGCCAAAUCGAUUGAAAAUUUCAAAACUGGGAGUAACAUCUCCUUCAGAAGGUAUGCUGCAAAUUCCCCCGGUAAAGUUGUUUGUUUUCACCCAUGGUUCACUAGAAAAUUGUUGUGGCGGUUUGAGUUAGAGUUGGAAAUGUUAUCAAUAGCCCCCUACAACACAAUUCUAGUCAUUGAUUUUAAAUGUAUUGAUAAGGUAAAAACAGGAUAGCAAUCAUUAGAUGCUUUUAAGAGGGGUCCCUCACAAAAUUACCGGAGGAAUUCUUUUUAAAGUUUUUUCCUCCAAUGUUAAUAAUUCAGUAUGUCCAGAUUUUCCAGGAACUUUAGGUGGAGGACAGGCUUUAGCUUUCCGCCACUACUCGUAUAGUACCAGCAGCGAUCCAUAGCGAAGGCCCUUGACCACCG